AUGUGGAUCUCUGGCUGUGAUAUAUUUAUUUCAAUGAGUUAUAUAGCAAUUAUGUGUACACAGACUAUUUUGAGUUCCUUCACCUUGUUCUAUCUCUGGCAUCGCUAUCUUCGAGCAGCUUUCACCGUGUCCCAUAUCACUUUGAGCAGCAGCUCAUUUUUGCUCAUGGCGGCCACUAUUGAGCGGUAUCUACUGAGCACAUCCGACCACAGGUACGAAUUCUGUCGCCUUACAUCCAUCAAUUGUUGUUCUUGGCAAAAUCAGAGCUGCGAACUUUGGUGGCAGGCUUAUUGUGACGCCAUUCGCAGCUACAGUUUGUGUUGCUGUGUGGUUGUCACCGGCUGCAUCUUCAGAGGGACUGUGUUCUUCGAAGUUGCGGUUGUCUAUAAUCCGCGAUGUACUGGAUUCUCGAGUUUGGGUCUAGCAUCAUCUCGUCUUUUCUCAAAUCCGGUCUACGAUGUCAUGUGGAAGUUCUGGAUUCGCAAGAUCGUCACUGUGUUUCUUCCCUUCAUCGCUCUGGCCUGGUUCAACGCGGCAAUCGUGCUGAAUGUCCGUCGGAGCGACAAGGACCACACUGUGAAGGCCCUGGUCCUCUACAUCACCGUCGGCAACAGAGCGGAAGUGACGCGACUGAGAUCACGACUUCGGGCUGUUACAAGAAUGCUCGUCAUGGUCGUCUGUUGCUAUCUAGCCGCCAACAUCAUCGAUGUCACAAUCGAUAUUGAAUCGCUGUUUGCCAACGAAGGGUUCUAUACGGUCACGACAGACAUUUCGUCGUUCCUGCCGUUGCUGGCGUGCGCGCUGCGUCUGCCGAUUUAUGCCAUCAACGACAAGCAAAUAAAAACAGAA